GCAUGCCCCACCAGAAAAAUGCCGUGAUGGGGUUGGUCCGAGUGCAGCAUGUGUUUACUUCGAAGCCAGCUAGUACCUCACAACAUUUUCUGAUUACUUCACAUCUUCAGAUUCGUAGCCCUACCGCCUCAUUAUCGAUCCUUAGGAAUGAAGGCAGACUGGACCAUCGAACUUCGCUUCAUCUUCAUAGAUCGUCUGUGCCAUCUCUACCUUUUCGUGUACAUAAUUCAACGAAUGUUCGCCAGUGGGGACAUGCCGCCCUUGAUAGACAGCCUGGUUAUUACGUUAGAUAACGAGGGAUCUGAAGUGGGAAAUCCUCCCAACGGUCACGAUGAUUCGGCGAAGCGAGAAGAGGUGAUGAAGUAUUAUCCAACCGGUGGGCGUCAACAGCAGUUGCACCAACCCAACACCGUUUCCGGGGCAAAGAUGGCGAAUGAAACGGAUACUGAAGUCUCUCCAUCCAUGUUAAGAGGCCUUGAUGAUUCUAACUGUCCUAAAAUAUUCUGCUUCAUUCAUCGUUACUAUUCUACAUCAAAACUAAUUCUGGACUGCAAAGAGACGGAAGUUGAAAAUAAAACUGCCGUGGAGUAUAUAGACUGCUUUUACCGAAUGAGUCCCACAUCUCCCACUGGUACACAGAAAUACCCUCCGACAUUUGUGUCUAAUGAUGGCAGAGGUUAUGAUCUCAAGAUAACUCUGACUCCAUCUCGCAGACGGCGUUCGGGCAGCGCAGAGCGGCGUGUUACGGUCGAUUACCUAGCAAACGGCGUACUUGGAUGGGUGGUGGAAGCAGUUAGACGACGGGUGCGUAUGGCUCAUAGUCCGGUACACCUCAUCCUACCAUUCAUUCAGUUCGCACAUAUACGACGAGCAGAUGUCGGGGAUCUAUCCACCAGGCACCGCGUGACACGUCUGACUUUGUGGAACCCACUUAGAUGGAACGAAGACAGCCUAAUUCCCGCCCCAUUAGGAGCAAACUUUGCGUCAUACGUAAGUCCAAAAAAUCCUUCUAUCCCUCCUUACUUCCGACUAAACGUGUUCUGUGAUCACAUUAACCGAAAACCCUCGUUCAAACGCUUAUGGCUUCCUUGGGAAAGCUGGCAGAUCCGAUUUAACCACUGUCAGGGCAAGUAUGGUUGCUUAGCCUGGCUAAGUCCCUACCCAAUAUGCGAUUCUACCAGUCAGCACUCCUUCAUGCCAUCUUUCUUCAUUAUGCCACUCGUCGUUUCGAGUCAGUCAGAUUUACAAUCUCUUAACAUCAGUUCUGAGGUUGUUGCUUCAAGAUACAAAGCGGAGAACGAGAUUUUAUUUGAAAACCAGUGUCGCAAGGAGCCUACUCGGUGGGAUCCCGUGGGCGACCUUGUGGUCGAUCAUACGCUAGGAUGCUGGCGACCGAAUGCAUAUGUCGAUAUCGGUAGUAUCCCAGUAGAAGGACCUAGCUCCGUGUUGUUUAUAGAAAAUCCGACGGUAGCGCCGGAGAUGAAACUUGGUUCAACCAGUACAACGCAAGCGCUGAAGCCAAAACCGCCCUUAUCAUCAAGCUACACCUCAACGACAGAAGAAACAACCACUACUGUCGCAGCCACUGAACACGUUGGUUUCGCUGUAGUAAGUGAUAAUCAAUCUACUCAUGUAGUGGACCAACAGUCAGUGUAUGUGAGUGUUGUCCCGAGUGUGGGCGGUGGGUCAGCAGGACCAGAUACACAACGACCCAUUACGAUAAAUCCACCACCAGUGGCGAACACAACAGACAACUCGUUAAAUCUCUCUCUACCCUGGUUCAUGCAACCAUUUGUAAAACAUCAAGUUUCUGGUGAAUCCCGUGCUAUAUCAGAUAGGCGCUUUUCAUCUUCCAAGGAAUUAAAUCAGCAGACCGAACCUGUCGAUACACUAUCUGUGCGAAAUUUGACCAGUGCAGUUAUUUUCCUUUCCGUUCUGGUCAUUCUUCUGCUUAGCUUAUUAAUAAUUUUAUUGGUGAUGUUCCAAAAACGUCGCAGAAGAAAGCGAAAAGAACAAUGGCAAAAAUUUAGAGGAUUUUUGGUGGGUUCGCAGUCAAUAGAACCUUCGGGGUUCGUCACUUCUAAAGCGGCUGGUUUGAAGGGUCCCCUUGUGCCAAUCAUUUCGGAACCUAUUCCCGUAGGCGGUAGAGCGGCAGCAUCGGCACACUCGAAUGACACGUCCACUAGUGGUGCCUCAUUGGCUUACAGUUUUGAACCCCUCGGACGCAUGAACACCUUGCAGACUUUUGGUCCUUCCCGCCCCUCCUGUAUGGACAAUAAUGCGUAUAGUUGUUCUGCCGAACGUGAGAAGUUGAGCACCGAUACAGACUCCACUUCAACGACCAGGUCACAUCAUUGUUUAUCCUUAUCACGAUCCCAUCUGGGUGGAAUCUUACCCCCUCCCAAACCAAACAGUCGUACCAAUCUGAAACUCGACCAAGACGCUGAAGAUGGACAAGCAGUACAGGCGUUACUGACGAAACUGAAACAAUCUGCAAAGAAACCACCGAGAAAACAGCACACACUUGUUUUCGAAGACGGCGAACUCUCUCAAGACAAGCUUCCAGAGGGCUUGAGGCAUUCGUAUUCGCUUAUUAAUUACACAUGGGAGCGUCCCCGGCAGUUACCGGAGUAGUAAAACAUUUUUUAUCAACGAACUUGCUCAGACUGCCUUGCAUCAGGUAUGGAGCAAGCAGAUCAUAUACUGGGCACCAAAGUACACCAGUUACCUGAUUUGUGUUCCACAGGAUGUUCCAAAAGACACCACAUUGUUUGAUGAGACAGGAAUCCAUUCGUCAUUGCUAUUCCCAGGGGACAAGAUUUUCGCAUGAAUCGCCAUGCACGAGUUACACUGAAGUGAGUGCCAGUUCGACGAAAUACAGAUGGCCUGUGUGGAGUAAAUUUCGUUUGAGCAUCACUGGCAUUUUACACUGCCCUUGCCGACAGGUUGUGUCCCUUGUCUCCAAUCUUUGAAAGGGGGACAUCGCAACGGUGACACCAACCGGAAAAGCGGAGUUUGACAGUAGACAUGUUCGCAGUCACUUACUGAUCUCGUAAAAUGCGUCUGUGUCUAAAUUAUUACAUUCGAUCCUACUUCAGAGAGUGUUUUAACGUCUACGAGGUUUCUAUCUGUUCAACUGCUGUGCUAUUAAAGUUGCCAAAUGCUGGACGUUUGGUUUCAAGGUGACUAGAUAGUAGGAUUUGUCAACCUCGCGAAGUUCUCACGGAAAUGGCCUCUGCGUGGUCGAUUGGAUUUUGUUUAUGCAACUGCCAAAUGCAUUCAUGCCAACAGUUUAACUCAAUUUCGUUCCAUAUGUGUACAGGUUCCACCAUUCCAUAAGAAAGUAUUUCAGUUCAGAGUCUAUGCGAGGUAAAUAUAUUCGUGUAUCCAUUUCCA